ACAUCCUGCUCAACCCCAACCAACCAACUCCGUUCAUUUCCUCAGAUAUGCUAAACGAACGUGCGGCUGUGUAAAGAAGCCCCACUUUAUCCAUGAACCGUGGGGCAACCAUCCAGCUACCCCUCGUCGCUUCCCUACCCGUCACGAAUCAUUGGCGAUGCUUCUAUGUUGACCUUUGGGGAACCUGCGACCCCCAGCACGCGAUUGGCACAGGAUAUAAGCCUAUGCAGAGAUUGCUGGCUUAAGGGUUCAUAAAGAUGAAUUUUCCCCGCCAGACGUGUCUGGGUGGAGGUCAUCCGUCAUGGCUUCUUCUCUGGAUCUGAUCAACCAGGCUCCCAUCGGAACCAAGUUAUGGGUUCUACACCUGGGCACAUUAGAAUGUGACGACGGGUGGUUCAUCCGCGCAGCAAACGCGUCAUCAUCAUCCAUUCCAAACCCGACCAACAAGCGCCGCAAACUUGUCAUGCUCGGGAUCCUAAUCCAGCACCCAACCGAAGGCCUCAUUCUCUACGAGACUGGCGCGGGGGAAAACUACCCUGAAGACGUCGGCCCUCCAAUCCAGGAUAUCUUCACGCGCAUCGAUCACGACGCGUCCAAGAAUCUCGACGCGCAAAUCACCCUCACCGGCCACAACAUUGAUGAUGUGAAGAUGGUUGUAAUAGGCCACCUCCACCUCGACCACUCCGGUGGCUUGGAACAUUUCAAAGGGAAAGAUGUACCCAUCUACGUCCACGAACUGGAACUCAAACACGCCUUCUACAGCGUCGCCACUAAAUCCGAUCUAGGGGUCUACCUUCCCCACUACCUCACUUUCGACAUAAACUGGGUCUCUUUCCACGGUGCGUACUUUGAAAUCGCAUCAGGAAUUAAUUUACAUCAUGCGCCUGGACACACGCCCGGAUUGACCAUCAUGCAGGUGAAUUUGAAGGAGAGUGGGACGUGGAUUUUUACGAGCGAUCAGUACCAUGUCAGGGAGAACUUUGCGGACGGGGUGCCGCAGGGGUGGUUGGCGAGAGAUCAUGAUGCGUGGGUUAGGAGCCAUCAGAUGAUUAAAGGGUUGCAGAAGAGGACACAUGCGAAGGUUGUGCUGGGGCAUUGUUGGGAUACGAUUAGGGAGUUGAGGGUUGAGUUUGCGCCUAGAGCUUACGAGUGAGUAGUGGGCAAGAGAGGCCACGGUGUGUUUGUGUUGGCUUGGGGAACACCACGGAUUUAAGGGUACGGAUCUGGCAUGAAUAUAGGAUGUUGAACCGCGAUGUCGAUCGAUGUAAAAAUGAGGAUGGCGCGUACAUAGUGUUAUGAAACUGGUACGACGCCGUUGCGUCACAGGCUUGUGUAAAGAAGUCAUGUAACGAGAAGGUAUGGCUGAGGUUGCGUUGAAUUACAAUAGACAGCACAAUUUCUUAUAUUAACGAGUGGAAUAUAGACC